AUGGCCAGCGGAAAUGUGCCUUCCAGUGGUCAGGGGGGCUUUAGCUUUGACCAGAUCAUACGACAGCUGCCGCAGCUGUUCAGUAUGGCGGAGGACAUGCACAAUCUCACCGAAUACAUCAAUCAUCUGCGUAUCCUGACGUUCGUCCUGGUGGUGAUGGGAAUCGUCGGCGGCAUCGUCUUCCUGUUCUACAAGCUUAAGUAUCGAUCAGGGUCGCACUCCAUGCCGGCGGACGAGGAAAAUCAGUGCUUUAUCGACGGCGACUCGCCUCACUGCACUUCGAUGAUGCCCACACCACACAAAGAGACGUCAGUCAGUUUCGACGACCGCUUAUGCUUUAGAGUCGCGGAGGCAGCAGCGUUGGCGUCAGACCCUGUGUCCCACAUUCCCUAUGCUGCGUCACCGUCAAUGCCUCGAUGGAAGAUGACUCGAAUUUGGAGCAGAGUCCAUUGA